GGCCGCCCUACGGUUUUUGCAUGGUUCGUUCCCUAUCACUCCAGCCUACUGCAUCUCGCUAUCCCUUCUUCAUGUCGGACCUGCGUAACUGGCCCCCUUGCCAUUUGUCCUGAUGCAUAAGUUAACUAGACGCUCCCCGCACGAGUACGAGCUACUGCCGCGCGCAUCCUUCGAGGGCGAUGCCUUUCCUAACCACCCCCCUCGCGCCCCGUCCACGACCUCGCCGUCAUGGUUCCACCGCUGGUCCUUCCGAAUACCUGGCGUGGGCAAGCUGUCGGACCGCGCCGUCUACACACACUACGUCACGCCGCGCCGACGCAAGCGAUCGGUACUACGUCUGAUAUACUGGUCCAUCUUCUCCGUGCCCUACAUUCUGCUUCUCCUCGUCUUGGUCGCGGGCAUCUUCUUUCCCAGCUAUACCGUGCGCCCCGCCCAUUACACCGAGCUGCGCCAGCGAGCAUCCGAGACGACAGCUCCUGGCCGAGGGAAUCCACACCGCGAAAAGGUCUUCAUUGCAGCCGCCCUGUCCGAGGAGAAGGGCCAUUUGACGUCGGGAGCAUGGGGUAGAGCCGUCCUCCAGCUCGUGGACCUGUUGGGCCCGGAGAAUGUCCACUUGAGCAUAUACGAGGACAACACCGACGCCGAGACGAAAUUAUCCUUGACCAAGUUCAGGCAUGAAGCAACUUGCAAUGCGACCAUCGUCUUUGAGCAGCUUGAUCUUGCCUCCCUACCCCGCAUAACCCUCCCCACGGGAGAGACGCGUCUCAAGAGGAUCGCAUUCCUCGCAGAGGUGCGCAAUCGAGCUUUGGCACCCAUCGACUCGAAUGGCGUCCGAUUCGACAGAGUACUCUACCUCAACGACGUCAUCUUCGACCCGGUCGAGGCCACUCAGCUCCUUUUCGCAACAAACAUCGAUUCCAAUGGCCGAGCGAAUUAUGCAGCAGCGUGCGCUGUCGACUUCAUCAUGCCUUUUAAAUUCUACGACCGCUUUGCUACCCGAGACCUUGACGGACACAGCACGGGUCUGCCCUUCUUCCCAUGGUUCACCAGCGCUGGUACCGGAACGAGCCGAAGCGAAGUCAUUGCAGGCAAAGAUGCUGUGCGAGUGCGCAGCUGUUGGGGGGGCAUGACUGCCUUUGAAGCCAGGUGGUUUCAAGAUCAGGCUUCUGUGGGCCGCGGGCCGGCGACUGGCUCCACAAAUACUCACCAUGGUUCGCUCAAUCCCCAGGUGUCUCCACUGCGGUUUCGCUAUGACACGGAUACCUUCUGGGAGUCUUCCGAAUGCUGUCUCAUCAACGCGGAUCUGCAGUAUCGGCGAUCUGGCCAAGGCAUGCCUGCUGAUUCAGGCAUCUAUCUAAAUCCCUUCGUUCGGGUAGCGUAUGACGAGACGACAUUGACGUGGCUCUCUAUCAUCCGUCGUCCAGAAGGCUUAUACUCGCUGAUUCACGACAUCCUGAACUAUUUCGUCGGCUUUCCGGAUCAUCCACAACGCCUCGGCGAAGAGCCGGGCCAGUUUGUGACCGAUACCGUCUGGGUGUACGAUGACCCUAUCAAAGGCUUUGCAUCAAACGCAACCCAGGCAGAUCUCAAAGGCCAUUAUAUGAACAUGACCAGGAUCGCCGAGCCUGGCAGCUUCUGUGGAUCUCGAAACCUGCUUGUUAUCAACGAGAAGCCCGAACACGGUCCGGGCGCCUGGGGCAAGAUAUGGCCUCCCAGGCCUCCAAACCGACGGUGAUGGCUACACACACACAACAACUGUUUGCGACACACUCUCUUUCCACGGUUGUAUGGCCAUUUCGACUGUACAUUUUCUUUGUUCACUUUUUGCAUAGCGUUGGCGUUCAAUGGAGGUUUCCACUUUUGCAUCACGCACUGUUGCCAUGUGUAUUGGAGCGCUGGGUUGGAUAAUGAGCAAUGGUAGUCCAUGCGCUUUCCGCACUAUUUCUAUUGUAAAAACAGCUAUUCCUAUCUAUAGUAUAUUCCACAAUAUGGAACCCAAUUUGUAAGGCGGACAAGACGAAGAAUAGACUUCGUUUCAAUGGUGUUCUUCAGUCCACAAUGCU